AUGAAGGUGCUGCCCUAUGAUGAUGCUCAUGUGAUAUUCCAGCGGAUUUAUAUUUAUUUGGGGGCUUGCAAAAAUGGAUUUAAGAAUGGAUGUAGGCAGCUUGUAGGGUUGGAUGGUUGUCACUUGAAAGGAGUGUUCAAGGGCCAGUUACUGUCUCCAGUGGGAAUGGAUGCAAAUAACCAAACUUGGGUUAUUGCAUAUGCUAUAGUAGAGCUCGAGAACAAGGACAGUUGGGUUUGGUUUCUGGAACUGCUAGUUGCUGACUUGGGAAUUGUGAACCAGCCUUUUGAGAAGGUGCUGCCUAAUUGUAAUCAUCGGUUCUGUGUUAGGCACUUAUACACUAACUACAAGGCAGAUGGGUUUAAAUGGAAAGGAUUAAAGGAUGCCUUGUGGAAUGCUGCCAAGGCAACAACCAUCGCUGAUUUUAGGAAGAGUAUGGCUGAGGUGAAUAGGCUGAAUGAAAAAGCUUAUAAAUGGUUGGAGAAGAGACCAGCCUUGCAUUGGAGUAGGUCACACUUUGACACACACACUCAGUGUGACAUUCUGUUAAACAACCUCUGUGAGAGCUUCAAUUCUUUUAUCCUAAGGUCUAGGGACAAGCCUAUUAUUACCAUGCUGGAAACUAUAAGAGUUUUAUUGAUGAAGAGGAUAUGGUUGAGAAGAGAUGCAAUGAGGAAGGAUAAAGGAGCUAUCUGCCCAAAAAUCCAGAAGAAGUUGAAGGAGUACAAACUGAAAAGCUCACACACUGUAGCUACAUGGUCUGGAGGAGAAAAUUUUGAAGUGGAUGAAGGCAGAGGCAAUGUAUUUGUGGUGGAUUUGAAUGGGUGCACUUGCUCAUGCAGAAGAUGGGAUUUGACAGGCUUUCCUUGCAUUCAUGGUUGCUCGGCCAUCUAUUAUGCAAGGAGACAGCCUGAGGCCUCAACAUCUAAGGCAUCACAACCCUCUCAGUCAUCUCAGCCAUGCACUCAGGAAGCUCCACAACCUUCAUCUCAGCCAACUCAAGCCUCUCAAACCAUUUCAAAGUCUACUGCAAGAGGUCAGAAAAGGAGGAGGAAUGUUUCAUGA